AUGAUCCAUGUGGAACGACCAUUAGGACGAGCUCUCGUCAGAGCGGCCACAGCUCCAUCCAUCUCUCGUAUGCCAAGGGUUUGCUGGAAAAUGGAGCAACGAGGAUUUCCCCUUCACAAUCCAUGGAAUGGAAGACGAUAUUUGCUCUCACAAGCGGUCACACGGCGAUUGGACACAAUGGUGGCCCGACAUGUCGAGCUAUUGAAGCAAAUGGAAGAAAAUCCAGAAGAAUCUUAUACAUACGGGAAGGAACUCGCAUCGUUGGCACAGGCAGUCUCCUUGCACGAACGAAAGGAGGCCAUUCUAGCAGAAGAAAAAUCGAUCCAGGAAUUGUUGGAGGAAUGUGGCGAUGAUGAAGAUAUGAAAAAGGAAUGCAUGGAGACACUGGAACAAUGCAAAGAAGAUAUGGAAGCGCUAAAUCGGAAAAUGAGAACUGCCGUCCUUCCAAAGGAUGAAGAUGAUACGCGAAGUAACGCAAUUAUCGAAAUUCGAGCUGGAACGGGAGGAGACGAAGCAGGAUUGUUUGCCUCGGAAUUGCGAGACACCUAUGAAAAGACGGCCAAGGCCAUGAAUUUUUCUUGUGAAACUUUAUCCGAAAGUAGGACUGAUAUUGGAGGUAUCAAGGAAACAGUCAUUUCUGUAUCGGCCAGAGGCUUUGGUGGUGCAGGUGCCGAUUUGGAUGCAGAUGAUGACGACGAUUUUCAAUCGAGUGUUGGUCCAUAUGGAUUCUUACGAUAUGAAAGUGGUGUGCACCGAGUCCAGCGAGUACCAGUUAAUGAUACUCGAAUCCAUACUAGUGCUUGUUCCGUCGCAGUUUUGCCAUUGCUAGAGGAAAGCGGCAACGCGGAGGAGCUAUUACCAAUGUCAGAACUAAAAAUUGAAACCAUGAGAUCCAGUGGUGCCGGUGGACAGCAUGUCAAUACUACCGAUAGUGCCGUUCGCAUUACCCACAUUCCUACUGGAAUAACAGCUUCGAUUCAAGAUCAAAGGAGUCAGCAUAAAAAUAAAGACAAAGCAUUGAAGCUGAUUGCUGCACGUGUUCGCGAUCUCCAAAGAGAGGAAGAGUCACAAAAACGGGGAGCUGCAAGAAGUAGUCUGAUGGGUGGAGGCGAUCGUAGUGAAAGAAUAAGGACAUACAACUAUCCCCAAGAUCGAAUCACAGACCAUCGCUGUAAACAUUCCACUCAUGGAAUAUCAAAAAUUUUAGAAGGAGGAAGUGAUGAUGGCCUCGUCUCCACUUUUUUCCCACUGUUGAGAGACAUGGUCCGAGAAGAAAAGAUGACUGAAUUGGAAGAGGAAGAGCUAAGGAGCUAA